UGACUACAAAUGGGUCAGUGUUUGAUUUUAGGGAGCAAAUAGAAAUAAUUAAAUCAUUGUUUUGAUCCAUCAGGUCUGUGCUGUAGCAAUGCAUCACUUUAUUUCCGUUGUGUUUUCACUGCUGAUCUUUACUGGGCUGCAUGUGAGUGUUCAGUCCACAGGAAGACGUUUGGAGCGGAGCAGCGAAAGACAUUUUCGAUCAUUGCUGACUGUUUCGAAUGGGAUGCACUGGGGAUCAUGGGGUCGAAGUGAGUUUUGUCCAGAUGGAACAUACGCCAAGGGAUUUAAUGUAAAGGUUGAAAGAUAUGAUUAUUUUGAUAACACUGCACUCAAUGCGAUUUCUCUUUUCUGUGAGAGUAAAUCUGAAGACGCUUCAGGCAUCAUUCGGUCUGAUAAAGGAAGCUUUGGUCAGUGGAUAGAUUAUGUCCAAAUGUGUCCUAAUGGAUUCUUAACAGCUUUUCAGUUGAAAGUUGAAUCUUCUCAAGGAAUUGAUGAUGAUACGGCUGUAAACAACAUCAGAUUUACCUGCAGUGGGGGGCAUGUGAUGGUGGGUGAGGGCACACCCUGGGGCCAAUGGGGCAAAUGGAGCCCGACAUGUCAGGGAACAGGAAUCUGUGGCAUUAGGACACGGAUAGAAGAGCCGCAGGGAUUCGGAGACGACACCGCUCUCAAUGAUGUGAUCAUGUACUGCUGCGAUUGAGGUAUAAGAGGAUGUCAAGAAGAUCAUGUGGAUGAAUAAUUGAACAUCAUACAAAUAAAUGGUACAAGAGGGAGCUUUCACAACGAUGCCACAGAAGAAACAAUUCUGGUUCCCCAAAUAUUCUUAAAAA